AGAAAACAACAUUAAACACGCAUAUCGUCGCAGUACAGACCCGUCAGAGAAGAAGAGUGUCCGUCCGUCUGUCCAAUCUAUCGGAAAAUUAUCGGGACCGACACAAAAAAAAAUCGGUACGAUCGUGACCUGGUUGAACUUUCGACUUGACCUUUGUCCGUGAACAGCAUGUUGGCCGCAGUCAAAAAUUUCUUCACCCGCCACCGGAGGAAGUUUGUCGUGACCGGAAUUGUGCUGGGAAGUGGAGUGUUCCUGAUCAAAAUCAUCCAGUACAAGCUGCGCGAGUUCCAGGAGCGGCAGGCCAAAGAAAUAGCGGAGCGGUUCAAGCGGAUGCAGCACUACGAGUCGACCGAACGGACCUGCAAUCAGACGAUCGUGGGGUUGGCUCCGACGGUUUCGGAGAAGGCGCUGAAGAACUUGGGCACGGCGGAGAUACUGGAAAAGUUACGGUCUAAUCCGGAUAACAAGUUGGAGCUGUGGGAAGAGCUGAAGAUCUUGGCGUUUGCGCGGAUCGUGACGCUGGUGUACGCCUCUUCGAUGCUGGCGGUGACGCUGAAGACGCAGAUCAACCUGCUCGGAGGGUAUCUGUACAAGGAUACGGUUGAGCAGGACGACAAACAGGUCACGGUGGACAUCCAGACGACGUAUUUGUCGAUGAUCCAGCACUUUAUGGGUGAUGGGUUGGACGAACUGAUGGACACGAUCCGGAAGAACGUUACGACGGUGAUGCAGCGGUACAGUCUCAAGCAGCAGCUGACCCUGGCCGAUGCGGAGACGUUGUUUUGGUCCAUCCAGGUGGCGCUGAGUAGUGAAGACAACAGUCCAACCAAGUGCAUUGCCGGCUACACGCUCCCGAAGGAGAUCAACCGGAGCGACCUGCUGAGCAAGAUGUACGACGAAACGCUGGACGUUCUGGAGAGUGCCGAAGUGAGUGACGUGUGUUUGUCCAACAUUUCCAACGGAUUCUCGCUGAUUGUCGACAAGCUGGCCGAGUACUAUGCCGAGGCGGAACCAGCGGUCACGCAGCAGAACGGAGCAUCGUCGAAGGCGGCCCUGAACGUGGUGGCGGCGGAUUGUGGCGUUUCCAACAUUAACAAUAUUAAAAUUUCACUCGCCAAGCUCAUCCCGAUCGUCAACGGGCUCUCCUCGAAGGCCCUGGGCAGCUCAGCGGGUGGUGCCCCAGGAACCAAUGGGUUGACCAACGGGUUCGACCAGCACCGGAACGGGGACAUGAUGGCCUCGCUGGUGGCGCGCUUCAUGCAAACGGAAAAGUUGAAAACUCUCGGCGUGAACGUCUACGAGACGUUUUGUCAGUAGGAGAUUUCUUUUUCUUUUCUAAACAAAAAUGUAACCUGAGACAGAAAAUUUAUAAACUGAAACAUUCUAUUAAAAACUAGAGCUAGGCUGUAUUCUCUUCUUCGAGGUUUAGGUGAGGCAAAUCAAUUUUAAAUAAGCGGCAGCGAAAGGGAUAGCGAUAUUAAACUGUAUUACAUUGUGUAAACGAGAAUAAAGGCACAUUCAAUGCUUUU